AUGUCUGAAUCACAACAACAACAACAGCCGGAAAAGCCGGAACAGGCAUCUGCUCCUGCUUCCGAGCCCGUCUCUCACGACGCCGCCGAGUCGCAGCCCCAAACCGGCCUGCCUCUGCAGCAGCACUCUGCCCCUCAUCACCAGUCACAGCAUUCGUACUCUGGCAAGCCUUACAAGCAUCACUCUGGUCUGGGCCAGGGCGCAAGCGCGCAGGAGGGCUCCGGCCACACGGGGAACAGACAAAACUACCAGGGCGGUGCGAACAACACGAAAUUCCACAACAAGCGUAACUACAACCAGAAGGGUGGCCACCCCAAGCAGUACCAGGGUUACACCUAUCCUCCUGUGUACGGCGCCAACAGCUACUACUACUCGUACCCUUACGCCCAGGGAAUGAUGCCUGCCAUGGGCCAAAUCCCUGCCUACAUUCCUCAACUGCCAUCCCAGGGUCAUGCCACCAUGCAGCCUUACCAAGGUUCUCCAGCUGGCGGCAAGAUUAAGAUCACUGACAAGGAGGGUCGUCAAAUUGACUUGGAGGACAAGACCAAGAGCUCUGCAUCUUCGUCUGUCUCAUCUACACCUACUCCUGCUCGUGCUCAAACUGUAGCCGAGGCUUCUUCUGCAAGCCCUGCUGCUGCCACCGCCACUCUUGCCGAGUCUGGCGCUGCUCCUGCUAGCGCUUCGCCCGAGGCUUCUGCUGCUUCUGCCAAGCUGUCCGCUGCUGAGGAAUUCAGAAAGAAGAUUUUGGAGAAGGCCAAGCUUGCUCAGCAAAAGAAGGAUGAAGAAAAGGCCAAGAUCGAGGCCGCAGAAAAGGCAAAGAAGGAUGAGCAUGAGCGUGAAGCCCAAGCUGCCGCUGUUGCCGCCGCCAAGAAGGCUGAAGAAGAGGCUGCUGCCACUGCUGCUGCCGCCGCCGCUGCCACUGCCGUUGCCACUGCCGCCGCCGAGGAGGCUGAGACUGAACAAAAAUCCGCAGAAGAGCCUGUUGCUCCUGUGAGCGCUGAACCAGUCUCUGAGCCAGCUGCACCAUCUGCUGAACAGCAGGUUGAGGACUCUGAAACCAAAGAGGCAACUUCCGAACCACAAGCAUCCGAGACUGUUGAGCAGACAGAGCCAGCUGAAAACGCCGAAGAUGCAAAUGACGAGGAGAACACUGAGAAUGCCGAUGAAGAUGAGUCUGAACAAGCCGCUGUCUUCGAUCUUACACAAUUCUUCAACAGGUUGGAGACCGUCAAGUUCAUUGAAGAUCCAUUCUCUUGCACAUACCCCUACCCAUUGACUGGUGUUGAUGCCAGAUGGAAGGCCGGCGCCAAACAGUACAGAUACGACCCACAGUUCUUGCUCCAGUUCCGUGACGUCGUCCAGUAUCCAGUAGACGAUGCUUGGAAGGAUAAACUCGAGAGCCUUGGUAUCAAUGCCCUCAAGAAAUCUGCUUCUGGUACUCAAAGAAUGAACUCCAACAAAUUCGGUGGUCAAAUGCUGGGCGGACGUUUCAAUGGUGCCAUGCAAGGCAGAUUGGGUCUGUUCGACGGCAGACAAAACUCCAGAAGUGGCUCGAAGAGAAGAGGUGGAUCCAACACCGGUUCUUCCAGAGACAAGUCUGUUAGAAACAGAAACCAAAGCAAGCGUGGUAGAGACUCUAGAGAAAACGAUGAACCAUCUAAGCCUGCAGUUGAGGUUGCUCCUCUCGUGCCUUCUGCCAACAGAUGGGUACCAAGAUCCAGACAAAAGACAGAGGAAGUCAAACUUGCUCCAGAUGGAAGUGUCAUGCUUGGCCUGGAGGACAUUGAAAGAAAGGUCAAAUCUGCAUUGAACAAAUUGACUUUGGAGAUGUUUGAGCCUAUUACCGAGGACUUGAUGGCUAUUGCCAAGCAAUCCGUUUGGGAAGACAACGCACAAACUGUCAGACAAGUGAUUUCUCUUACUUUUGCCAAAGCUUGUGAUGAGCCAUUCUGGUCUUCCGUUUACGCUCAGUUCUGCGCAAAGUUGUUGAAGGAAAUUCCUGACGAGGUCAAGGAUAUUAACAUCAUUUCCAAGACCGGCGAACCUGCCACUGGUGGUGACAUGGCCAGAAGAAUUUUGUUGGCCACCUGUCAAAGCGAGUACGAGAAGGGUUGGGUUGACAAGCUUCCGACUAACCCUGAUGGCUCCCCAUUGGAGCCAGAAAUGAUGUCUGAUGAAUAUUAUGCAAUGGCCGCCGCUAAGAGAAGAGGUUUGGGUCUUGUCAAAUUCAUUGGUAACUUGUAUAUCUUGAACAUGUUGAAUGAUCAAGUUAUUUUGCAUUGUUUGAGGGACCAGUCGAAGAACGUCGUUGAUCCUUCUGAAGACUCUUUGGAGAACUUGGCUCAAUUAAUUAAGACCGUGGGUCCAAGAUUCGAGGCCCUGGAGCGUAAUAGGGCUGCAUUGACAUUGGUGUACGACAACAUCCAACAAAUUUUGGACAACUGUAAACUCUCUUCAAGAAUUAAGUUCAUGUUGAUGGACUUGCAAGACUUGAGAAGAAGCAAUUGGAAGUCAGCUAAGCAAGAUGCUGGCCCCAAGACAAUCAAGGAGAUUCACAACGAAGCAGAGUUGAAGAGAAUUGAAGAGAGCAGGGCUCAAGCUGAGAAGAGAAGACAAAACAAGGGUGGCUACAACAGUGGCGGCUAUGGUGGUGGAAGUGGCUCAAGAUCCAACUCCACUAGAAACGACUCUUCUUGGGGAAGUAAGAAGGAAUCCCGCUUCCCAACCAAGGAUGCCAGAGGAUUCACCUCUGUGUCCAGAUCGCAGUCUAACAGACCAACUCCAGAGAGCAAUUCUUCUUUUACUGCUCCACGUGAGAAUUCUAAGAGAACCGAUUCCGUUGCAUCCAACAUCUUCGCUGCUUUGGGCGGUGAUGAUGAUGACGAAGCUGAACAUGCAGCUGAGUAA